CCAGUUCUAAUGCAUCGUUUGCUCAGUAAACCAUUGGUUUUACACUCCGAAAUACCCGAUCUCAAGAGAAUAUACUUAUCUAUCAACUUCCAAACAACAAAUGGCAUUAACUGACCUCUUUUUUACAUCAUCAAACUCCUCGUGUCCAAGUGAUACCAGAAUACUACUACUACAAGUACAACUCCAACUAAAACUUCAACUACAGCAACAACUGCCGAUUCUGAACAUCAACAAACAACAACAACAACUCAAUACCUUGGGCUAAAAUCUCAAGUUUUGUUCAUAGCUAAGGAUGUUUGAAUGGGUAACGUGUGUACCUGUCGCAAUAGAGACAGUCAGAUCAACGCUGGUUCGAUUCUCGAUCGUGUUAUCAGUCAAGCAAGCGAUGAGGAUCAGUGUUUAUUGUACCGUUUGGCCAAUUACAAGAAAGGCGGCGAGCUCAUUGAAGCGUAUAAUCGAGGAGGCCAGUUUGAGGUAGAACAAGUUAUCCGUGGGCAAUUCGGUAUAUUGAUGUACGCAAAUGGUAAAGGACAAAUAAUAAAUCGUGCCGAGUAUUUGAGAUGGAAAUUUCGUGAUCUGGAACAAGUUGUUCUGCCAAUUGAGGCAUCUCUUUCACGAUUCGAUCCGCUUGCCCAGUGGAGUGAUCACGAAGCUUGCUGGCAAAUGCAGUACCGAGGUUCUCUUGGUGAAACAUUACUUCAUGUAUUAAUUAUUUGCGACACAAGAUCCCAUACACGCAUUGCUAGAAUUUUGAUUAAGUGUUUUCCGCGUUUGGCCAUUGAUGCUGUCGAGGGCGAGGAGUAUCUAGGUGCCAGUGCACUUCAUCUAGCCAUCGCUUACAAUAAUAAUGAAUUGGUACAGGAUUUAGUUGAAGCCGGUGCUAAUGUAUCACAGCGUGCUAUUGGUAGUUUUUUUUUACCCCGGGAUCAACAGCAGCAACAACGUGUAUCACGUAAUACGGAUUAUGAAGGAUUGGCAUAUUUAGGCGAGUAUCCACUUGCUUGGGCAGCCUGUUGCGCCAAUGAAAGUGUUUACAAUCUUUUACUAGAUUCUGGAGCUAAUCCCGAUGAUCAAGAUUCAUUUGGUAACAUGAUUUUACACAUGGUCGUCGUAUGUGAUAAACUUGAUAUGUUCGGUUAUGCUUUACGUCAUCCAAAAUUUCCUGCCAGUAAUGGAAUUGCUAACACCGCGGGAUUUACGCCUCUGACAUUGGCAUGUCAACUAGGAAGAGCUGAAGUCUUUCGUGAGAUGCUUGAGCUUUCAGCACGUGAAUUUUGGCGUUACAGCAACAUUACGUGCUCGGCGUAUCCACUCAAUGCACUGGACACAUUGUUACCUGAUGGUCGGACAAAUUGGAACUCAGCUCUGUUCAUUAUUCUCAACGGUACCAAAGAAGAACAUUUAGACAUGUUGGAUGGUGGUAUCAUUCAGCGAUUACUCGAGGAAAAGUGGAAAACCUUCGCUCGUUUACAGUUCCUGAAACGUUUAAUUAUUCUUGUAUUUCAUCUAACAUCUCUAUCCUUGGCCGUUUAUCUGCGUCCAGCCGAGAUCGAUGCCGACUUAAUGGGAUGGCCAGAAGAGUGGACAGAUAUAGGUCGAACUAUUGCCGAAUGCAUCACUGUGUUGGGUGUCUUGAGUUACAUUUUAUUCCAACUUGGUGGCGAAGUCGUAAACAUCGGUCUUAUAUCUUUCCUCAAGCAAUUGAGUCAUGAACCAGCAAAAUUUAUAUUCCUCAUCAGUAAUAUAUUGAUCCUCGCGUGUAUCCCCUGUCGUCUCGCUGGAGACCGUCAUUUGGAAGAUGCUAUUUUGGUAGUCGCAGUUCCGGGUUCAUGGUUUUUAUUGAUGUUCUUCGCUGGGGCCGUACGGCUAACUGGACCGUUCGUCACGAUGGUCUACAGCAUGAUAACAGGCGACAUGCUGACCUUUGGUAUUAUUUAUACAGUCGUACUCUUUGGAUUUUCACAAUCAUUUCAUUUUCUAUACAAAGGAUUUCCCCGUGUCAAUUCAUCACUUUUUCAUUCUUAUCAUUCAACUUGGAUGGCGUUAUUCCAAAUUACUCUUGGAGACUAUAGUUACUCAGACUUAAGUGACACAACAUAUCCAAAUGUGAGCAAAACAGUAUUUGCUAUUUUUAUGGUACUUGUACCUAUUUUAUUACUCAAUAUGUUAAUUGCUAUGAUGGGUAAUACAUAUGCUCAUGUUAUUGAACAAAGUGAAAAAGAGUGGAUGAAACAGUGGGCAAAAAUAGUGGUAUCUCUAGAGCGCGCAGUAUCACAAAAAGAUGCUCACAAUUACCUACAAGAAUACAGUAUAAAAUUAGGUCCGGGAGACGACCCAAAUAAUCCGGCUUCAGAGCAACGAGGUGUCAUGGUGAUUAAAAGUAAAUCCAAGACAAGGGCCAGACAGAGAAAAGGCGCCUUGGCUAAUUGGAAGCGUGUGGGCAAAGUGACAAUAAACGCGCUUCGUAAGCGUGGAAUGACAGGCGAAGAGUUGAGGUGUAUAAUGUGGGGUCGUGCAUCUAUUUCAACACCAGUUCGAGCUAGUCCACACAUGAACGAGCCACAAAUCUCAGGGCAAAUAUCAGGAGAACCAACAUCUGUAAUACCACCAGCGGCACCAGCAAUAGGAUCAGGAUCAGCACCAGGGCCAGAAUCAGAAGCAGGUCUAGGGCUAGGAGUAUCAACAUCAACAACCGCUGGGUUUGGGGAUGCUUUAACAGCAGCAUUGGAUGUAAUGGCCUUUAGCCACGACAUUGACCCAACGGUAGAAGCCACAGGAAUAACAAGUACCAUUGCCCCAAUAUCGAAAACUACAAGCAACUAUCAGUCAAAAGGUCUUCCAAUGACAAUCACUGAAUCGUCAAUAUCCUCUGCUACAACUGUUAUUGAGAUGGGAAAUCCCAUUAGUGGAGUAAACCGGGUGGAUCAGAAUCAACUCAUUGAGUCUUGGUCCGAGCCACCAGCAAUAGACGAUAGUGGAAAGCAACGGCAACAACAAGAACUGGAUCCUUUACUGAAUCUCGUCAUUGCGUCAGAGAGUCCACAAUCGCAGCACGAGGCUUUACUUAGAAUGGCUGAGGAGGCGAGAAUUUCAAGCGAAGUUAAAGUUAAACUUGAUGCUUCUAUUUUAGAGACCUUUGGCUUGGGACUUGCGCCUGCUGAUAUCUUUGCUGAAUCUACUCCUGUUGCUAGUGACAAAGAUAAAUUCUUUGAGGAGUCUAGUGACGAUAUUUGUGGAAGCAAUUUACUGGGUACGGAAUCGAGAUUACGUCGAAUAAAAUCAGCAAGUGUUAGAUACACGAAAAAAAGUAAUUUACGUGUGGAUAAUACUCAUAAUGGCGUUAGUGUUGGUUUCGAUUAUUAUUCUUCAUCAGAAGAGAACCAGAAUCCACAGAGUCGUGUUAUUCUUACAAACGGUUGUGCAAACGAAUCCACUUCAAAGCUCGAAAAGACAACGGUGUCAUCUGCGUCGUCAUCAUCUGAGAUGAACCGAGAAAAUAAACUCGAGCGAGUGAAAUCAGACGUUAAAGAGGGUCGUUGGGAAAAUGAGAAGCUUGAGAUGAACAGAGAACACAGGAAUCACCAUCAGCACCACCAGCAAAAUGUCAAUAAAAAUCACAAACGUCGUGCUAAAACUGGAAAAAACAGAGUAUCACCAAAAGAAGUUAAUACGAAAGCCAGUAAUGAAAGUCAGGAGAGCAUUUCAACUCCAACAUCGCCUACAGAUCCCCUUGAACCGUGGAGUACUCGCGGGAUCACCGACAUGAACACAAUAUUGGCUUGGCGAGAAGCUGGGAUGGAAAGUCCUUAAUUCAGAAUUGCGAAAUCUUUUAACGUUAUUAUACGUCUUGCGCGGACUUGUGGUUUAUAUUUAACGUGACUAUGUCGUCAGACACGGAACUGUAAAGAAAAAUCUUUUUCUUUUUUUUUUCUUUUAAAUUAUCGUUUGUUUACGUUUUAAUUAACGUCUUCUUUAAGUGGAAUGUACAAAUAAUUUAAUAAAUAUA